AGAGAUUUACAUGACAUUGGUUGUUUUGUCAAAGUGAUAGAUGGUUGUCAGCAGCUGGAUAAAGAAACCAGGUACAUGAACUCAAAUACCACGGGUAUUAUUUAGAGUGGGGCAAGAGGGCCAUGCCUUCCCCUGCCUUUUUGUCUAAAAUCUUGUUAAAUUUCAGAAAAAAUUCUCUCAACAUCUGUCUUCCAGAAUCUCAAUUUUUGGACAAAAAUAAUGCUAUCAGAGUUCUCUCUGUUUUGGAAUUUUUUAAAUCUUUCUCUGAAUACUACGAGUUAUCUACACUAGCUGAUGUUUGUUGUUAUCAUUAUGUAACACAACAUAUUCUUGGACAAGGUACAUAAAUUCCUUUUCUUAGUAAUUAUUUUCUAAGAUUUCUUUUUCAAACCAAUCUGUGCAUGCAAGUUUCAUUAAUUUUCAUUUUCCUUCAAUUCAGGUGUAUUUUUCCCCAAGUGAUAAUCUGAUCCAAAAUGUUUCCAAGCCAACUAUUGCUUCCUACAGUGUAAAAGAAAGGAGAAGUCACACUGCCAUGGUAGCAAAAUUUCUGGGUCUCAACAAACUGUGGUCCUGCCAAUAUGGUGGGGAAAAAAAACAACAAAAAUUUUUUUUCUGUGCAUUAUUGCUUUUAAGAAUGAAAGGGUCGCUGGUAUUUUCCUUCCAUCAUUGGACAAUACAAAUGGCCAUCCGUCUCUGUCAAGGAAGAUUAUUGAUCCAGAAAUCUUGCUUCCACGGUAACAUGACAUCACACAUCUCUCUAUAGAAGCAAUAUUCUGUGAUUUAUUUGACAGUAAUAAUAGAUCAGUAGGAAUUUUAAAACAAAUCCAAUAACAUUGACAUUAUUUUGUUUUACAGAGUAUUUGGCUUACCUGCUGAUUUUAAAGAGGGUGUUGUCUUCAGUACAUACGCAACACUGGUGUCGUCUGUUCAAAAAGGUGAGCGUGCAGUGUGAAUGUCAUCUAUCGCUGACAAUAGACAAGGUUCCUGUUUUUGUUGAUCUGAUUUGUUUUUUUUGACAGGUGCCAAUCGUCAAAGCAGAUUGCAACAGCUCAUAGACUGGUGUGGUGGUGAGCAGUUUAAUGGAUGCCUCAUAUUUGAUGAGUGUCAUAAAGCAAAGCAUUUUGUACCUGUAAGUGAUUUACAAUAGUUUAGCCCUUAUUCUUCACACUCAUAACUGCAGCAAAUACAUGUAAAUACAUAUUUAAGGCAAAAAGCAUGGAUUAUUAGACCAAAACUCAUUAUUCAUCUUAAGUUUAUUAGAAACUGCUACUGAUCAUCAUUGUGUUCAACUUGUGUUUUGAAUGAAAUGGAUGAGAGGACAAGAGUUUGUAUUCCCUUUACAUUACAUACAGUUCACGUAAAGCAUGACUGCGCAGUGGGUUUCUUGAGAAUGCAAUUGGUCUUGUUACACUUUGAAUGCACAACCAUUACACUUUCCACACAUGCAAAUUGACACCAAUGAUGCAUAUUGACAGCAGAGACAGAUGUUACAAGUCAUGGAUUCAAUUAAGUACUCUGCUCACUGUAGCUUAUUUCAUUUUAGGGAAAAGAAGAAUCCAGCACAAAAGUUGCUCUUGCUGUCACAAAAAUACAAAGGUAUGAUAAAGUUAUUCUACUUCAUUUUUGAAUCUCAAUUGUUAGCAUGUAAUUAACACUCUUAUGUAAUAAUUAAAGUACUAAUAAUUUUACAAUUUGAAAGAAGCAGGGAGCAGGGAUGGAGCAAUUGUGAUUGAGCACUUGUCUCCCACCAAUGCGGCUUGAGUUCAGUUUCCAGAGUUGAUGCCAUGAGCAGGCCCUUUGGGAGGGUGGGUGCGACAUGUGAGCUUGCACCCCCCCCCCCAACAGAUCCAGAGGUCUACUUUUUAAAAUACAUAAAUAAAGUAGUCUCUGCCAAAAGUAUAUGUAUCAAGUUUGAAAUUCAAAAAUUUUGCGAAAUAUCCAAGAAUUGAGUCCGACAUGUCUAAUUUGGGUCGACCCAUGAAUUAAGUUCGAGUGGCCCACAUGGGAAUUUUUACUGUGGAGCAAACAUCAAAUUUUCCUUGUACUGAACCUAGUGUAUAAAUUACAGUAAUCUAUUUUCACUGUUAAGUAUUAAUUUCAGACCAUUAAACAUCGUGGCAAUGAAUUGAGUCCGGCUUCUUAAGUUUGAUGUCUGAAUGAACCAACAAACUUAUAUCAUUUGGGUCAACCUAAAUAGGUGUCAAGUUUGGUAGAUGAAAAGUUUUACGUUUGAACUGAGCCUAAGAAUGCCACAGGUUUUCAGUUCUUGGAACUGACAAGUUUCACUCUCUCUAAAUAACGUAAGAUUGGUUUGGCUUUUUUGCCUGGCUUCUUCCCUAUCAGACAUACAGUGUUCUCCCUGAAUUUUAGCUCAGCCGGUAAGGGACCAUUCUUGGCCAGUAAGGUAAAAAAAUGUGUGCUAGAGGGGCAUUUUCCUUGCAGGGAGGGGGGUAGUAGAAUGAGGGACAUGCCUUCUACCUCGCUGUGAAAUUUGGCAGCUAAGUUCUCUGAAAAGUCAUUCCCUCAUUUUUAAGACCUAUUUUACACAAGUUAGCCAUUGUUAUCUGUAGACAACAAUUUAAAACAUUUGAUUGCAAUAAUUUUACUCUGUCUUCAAUGCCCUCUGGCCCAUAAAAAAGAAAAGUUGUGUAUACUUUAGUACACUUCCAAAUAUUCAUUCAUUACCUUGAUCUGAUCGGAACACAACUUGCGUAUUGUGUUUAAAAAUAACUUAUUUAACUUUAGUAAACCUUGAAACAGUUGCAGUGAGUCGGUAAGAAGUGUUGCUUCAGAUUGUAAAUUUUACCGGUUACCGCGUGAUAAGGAGCACACCUGACAUAAGAAUUCAUCUUUAGGCCAUAAAAUUGAAUUACCUUAAACAUCUGUAUGAUAUAGAAAAGAGCCCAAUUUUAAACAAAAUCCAAAAAGAAAACUUCAAUUUGUUAACCUAUAACUUAUUAUGUCCUAUUAUGUAUGAGCAGGGCAGUAAUUAAGAACUGGGGGCCAGGGAUUUCCCCCGGCUACCGUGAUUGUGGUCCCCAGCUACUUUCAUUGGAAAAUAGAAGAAACAGAACCAAAAGAAUUCCAUAGCUGUUUGAUUCCCUGCCUACUUGUUGUAUUUACCCAACAACUUGAAAUCUCAGUGACAACCCUGUAUCAGUAAAUAGAUUUUUUUCAAGAAAAUAAUCAGUGGCUGUAUGGAAUAAAACCCUAAGUGACAUUUUUGAAAAACUACAAGAUCCUUUGUCCAAAUCGCCUCAUAUUUGCCCAUGUAUGUGAAAGGAGGAUUUGAUAUCAUGUCAAGUGUCACUAGGGGCAUUGUUCCGUGCACCCUUCAAUACAAAUAUUAGAAUAAUUAUGUAAUAGUUAUUAUUAAAAACUGAAUCAUUGGAUAAUACUAAGGUUUACAAUAUUUCGAGUUCAUCUUCAUCGUUGUCGCUGUCAGAAGUGAUGUCAAUAUCUUCUCCUCUGUUUCAAUCGCGUUAAUUUCCUUUAUUAUGAAAUUCUACUUCCUCUUUCGCGUUAAUUUUCUUUAUUCGAAAGUCGUUUUCCAUUAAAUUCGCGUUAAUUUAAGUCGCGUUAAUUUCCAAUACCUUAAUUUCAUGGAGCGUUAAUUUCCUAUAAUAAGGUAUGUGAAAGGAGGAUUUGAUAUCAUGUCAAGUGUCACUAGGGGCAUUGUUCCGUGCACCCUUCAAAUUACAAAGAUUAGAAUAUGUAAAUUUAGUUAUUAUUAAAAACUGAAUCAUUGGAUAAUACUAUUCUAGAGCUCUGAUUGGCUUAGCCAUCACGGUAUAUGAGCCUUUAUACGAUGCUCCCCAAAUAUGGUAACUGUACGCAUCUGCUCAAAAUAAGAAACAAGCUGAAAUCGGUUGUUUUUACAAAUAAAGUCAGGACGAAUUCUCGAUAUUUUGCGGGCGUUUUUAAUAAAACAAUAUUCCACUCGUGCUUGUUGUAUAUGACAUGAUUAUAGUCAACUCAUCCAACACGCACGAGUGGAAUAAUUGUUAAAUAUACCUGACCUCCUUACUGUCUCUACAGAGUCCCCCCCCCCGCUUCCCCUACAGUGACUGUUGUACCCAAGUUCUCUCUUUUUUAAAGGUUUAUUCUUUUCUCAUUUUACAGAAUGCUACCCAAAGCUCGUGUUGUGUACUGUAGUGCAACUGGUAUGACAGAUGUAAAAAAUAUGGUGGGUGUAGAGUGAUGUGUUAUUUUAUAUAAUUGACAAUAACGUGAUUUUGACUGAGUGUCAGGAAACAGCUUGUUACUAUUAAAAGGUAUCCAACUUUGCUUUGCUAGUUUUUCGCAAACAAUGCACUAAGUAAAGGUUGGCAAGUACCUUUAAAAAGUAUGCUGUACGUAGUCAGCAUCUUAUAAGAUACCACUGUACAAAGUUAAAACUUUAAAGUGAAACUUGAUCUUGUGACUUGAUUUUGUACCUGGGAACAAAGAUUUUUUAAGGCGAAAUACCGUCGGUUGUAUCUAAGCGUUGACACGAGACAAAAAAAAAACAUGUUCUAAUAGAGUGCCAGACAUGACGUGUUUUGCCGCCAAACAUUUGCCAAAGCCUUUAAGCCAAAGGUAAGUUUGUAGCCAACCGGAACAUGUUUUUUCCUCAGGUGUACACGCUUAGAUGCAGCCGACGUUAAUUAUGAUCGCCGGGAUGAGUGUACUUAACAGGACUGUUGUUGACAGUGAUUGACGUUUUGACAGGUCUUCAGGUCCUAUCCACAUGUAUCCGGAUAGUUUUGAAAACGGAGACUUUUUUCUCCAUUCUUGCCUCCAUCCACACAUAAACGGCCUUUUCAAAAACAGACCCAGAGUGGAGAUUUUUUAAAACGCCGGCUUCUCGUUUAAAGUGGGCUGUCGAAAACGGAGAUUUGUGAACACGAUUGUCAUGCACCAUAUACUACUAGAGUUACACAUGCUCUGUAAGAGCUGCUAUCGUCUUUCCAUCGUUUUAGGGUUUUCAUGUGGACAGGCAAAAACGAUUCAAACACGAUUCAUGUAGACGCCUAUUUUUUUUUUCAAAAUCGAGAAAAAAAUUCCCAUUUUCGAAAAUAUCCGGAUAGGUGUGGACAGGGUGUCAGGGUCAAAGUCAGUUGUAUCACGUCAGUUGAUGGUAUUAAACUCUGGUUCAAGGUACAUGAUUUCUAGGUACUCAGUAGAAGAGCACAAAGACUCUUGUUGCGUGAAGUUUUUAAACCCUACAAUAAUUGCUGAGAGAUUAUUACAGCAACCAUGUGUAGAAGCCUUAGGUUUCUGACAAUGGUCCCCUUCAGUCCAACGGUCAAUCAAUACAGUACACUGAUACAGUGAUUUGAUUAUUUUCAGGCAUUUAUGGAGAGACUUGGUUUAUAGGGAGAUGGAACAGCAUUUAAAUCGUUUGAUUCUUUUCUAGCCAGCAUAACUAAGAGAGGUCUUGGUAAGUGGCAUAGUUUUCAGCCUAGACUACGAGCAUUCUCUCUUUUUUCCAAGUCCGUCGAGCAAAACGCGCGAGACACGCAAAUGACCACGCGCAACGCUCUCUCGCGCGUACACUCCCCUCACUAAAUCUGAAGGAAAAGAGAGACUGCUUGCAGUCUAUUUUCAGCCCCAAUGAUCCACAUACAAAUUCUCUCCACUGAUCCCCCUACCUUUCCUUAAAGAAUUAGUUGAGAGAUUUAAAGGAUUAUUUUAUGAAUUCUCUAAACUUUUUCCUGUAAUGAUGUAUGGAUAUUUUUAGGAGAAAAUUGAUGUUAAUCACGUUUGGUACUCAGUGGGAUAAAGGGGUUAUAUCAAUAUGACUUCCAUAUUCUUGUCAAAGUUGUGCUGAAAUUGUAACUAAGUAUUCUCAGUCACCUUUUUCCAUACUUGGAACUCUAAAAAGAAAGCUAUCAAAUGAUUCGAUCUAAGCCAAGAGGAAGUAAUGCAUGUUCGUUUCUGGUCAUUUUUCGAAGAACUCCUGCCUGCCGUACAAUGCUUAGCUGUGAUAAGAGUGUUAAAGAUCUUAAGGUGCAGCGCGUUCUUGUACCGGCUCUGGCAAAUUACUCGAAACCUUAGCCUAAUUUAUGGGUAGACCACCUGUACUAUAACCGUGGAGAGACGGCUAGCUAGGCUAGUGGCUAGAACGGUGAUGCGCCAUGGUGAUGCUAUUACCACGUCUCGGAAAUCAUGGUCGCCUUUUAUAUAGCCUGUCUCAGGCUUUGAAAUAGUGGAGUGUGGUGCGAAGUUAGAGAAUGGGAAAAAAAUAAGGACAAAGAGGGAGAGAGAGUCUCUCCUGAGAGGAAGGAAUUUCGCCCUCACUCCCUACCCCACUCCUCGCUGUUUUUUCUGCACAUAUCUCCUUGCGUCGUCCUCACAAUCUGAACUCCUGGAACAGGAGCUUACACUUCUUCAUCGGCCGAAACGAUGUAUCUCAAGGUCAUUUAAAAUCUUUCCUAGGUGCUUCUGAAAUGUUAGCUAUGGAAAUGAAGGCAUCAGCGAUGUACGUUUCUAGAGGUCUUGGUUUCAGACAGGCUGAGGUAAUGCAUAAUUUUAGAAAUGGCAUCCUAAUUUUCUGUUGUAACCAGAAGUUUUUCUAACAUACUGAAAUAUAAGGCUUUUUUUUGCAAUGCUUAUUUCUUCACUUCUGUUCCUUUUUUGUUAACAAACUUUGAUAAUGCUUUUUUGUCGCAUUUCUGCAGUUUGUUAAUGUUGAGGCGACACUGACUGCGGAACAGAGAAAGGUUUACGACACUGCAGUUCACGUUUGGUACGUAUGGCAAUGUAAAAAGGUUAAAUCUUCGUAUUAACUGCUUUAAGUAGACCACAACUUAAGGUGGAAUCAUUCAGUGGUUUGUUGUACCAGGGCUCCGGGAUUAACUUAUGUGAUUUCGUAGAAAUUGCACUCAAAACUUGUGCGUUUGUUUGAGUCAAAGCAAAAGCAAAACAACAAUCACAGUCGGUAUUCUGAGAAGUAACGGUUGUGUGUAUGUUUCACAAUCAUAGGGUGAAUAUGUUUCACCUUUUUUUCCUUUUCUCUUUAAAGGAGCGAGUUAAAGAAGUCAUUAGAAUUUGCCAUUGGUCGCACCACCUCUUCUACACCAAGGGUGUGAUCAGUCUUUUGGUCCUGUCAUCAGCGGUUCUUUAAACAGCUCUGGUGAGUAUUUAAUCCCGUCUCUGGUCUUUUAGGGGCAGAUAUUACAACAGAGUUUAGGCGUUAUUUAACAAAACACCUUUCUAACGCCCAUGCCUUAGCAUCGUUUGCUGUUCAUAUCUACAAGAAGGCGACAGCCCGAAUUAGAAUACCAUUUAUCUACUUAAAAUAAAUACCCUACAAACGAAUAAGGAGGCGCUCUGAUUGUUAGACCUCGUUUAAAUAGUCGACCUUCAGUUUCUCCUUAACAUUAUUGCCCUCUUAUUUCCAGUAAUGUUGUCCUCGAUGCUAGUUCAUCGGCCUAUUAAAGUUGUUCGUAAGACUGAGUCGGUAUCGUCUCCAAUUACACUGUGGUACUGUUUGCAGACGCUAUCGCCUAUUUAUUGGAUAUUACGAGGUUGCGAGGGAAACUGGGUCAAACUGCGUCCCCAAAACAGUCCCAUAGUGCAGUUCGACACAACACCGACCCAGACUCCUGCCCAACCUCAAAACUCUGUGUCCGAGCGAGGUUAAGAAACCUAACAAAAAGAAAACGAAUUUCAUUUGUAUGAGAAUAAAAAAAAUCAUUUUCAUAUCAAUGGCUUCGCACUUAGCCUCGCUUUAAAACAGAGGCUUAGCAACUCGGUAAUGGCUACAUUCGUGGGCCGCUUGGGAGCUCUUGGAAUAGCUUACAGGAUUGAGUGAGAAAUUAAUGAAGAAGCGACGGAAACAAACCCUAACCCUGAAAUAAUAGAGCUACGUACCUGUUAGAGCGAAUGAAAUUAUAUUUUUGAAGGGCUUCGUGACAGUGGCAAUGUAAGGUAAUCCAAGACAGUCUUUGAUUCUGGAUUGCACGCUGUGGGUUCCGGAAUCGUUAUCAUUGGAACUUGGAUUUGGGAUUUCCAAUCGUUGGUGGGAUUACGGAUUCCAAAGUCCAGGAUUCCGGUUAUCACACGAAAAUAUUUCCUGGAUUUCGGAACUGAAUUACCUGAUCUUGGGCGGAUCAUUAUACAUUUCUGGGAAAGUGCCCACCUACCCUCCCUAAGCCAACAUUUUGCCUUAAGUGAAAAGCAAGUGUUGAUGUUGGCUCAGGGGAGGGGUAGGUAGGCAGUUUCCUAGAAACGUAUAAUAAUCACAUGGGGCAAUUUUGCCAGUAUCAUGUUCCACUUUCAGCGCCAGCAGGCAUUUUUACUUUGUAACCUUGCUUAUAUUGGGUCUGAUAAUAGAUAUGAUGUAUAUGAAUAUUUUUACAGCAUGAGUAUGAAAGUUCCUACCAUAGUGGAAGAAGCCCAGCAAGCAUUGCAGGCAGGAUAUUGUGUGGUCAUUGGUCUCCAGUCCACUGGAGAGGUUUGUUUUCUCUUUCUCUCCAAUUUUUUUUCGUAUCCACUCCAAACGGGUACAGUUUUUGAUAACAUAAAAAUUUCUUUAUUUCAAGGUCAGCCAUUGUUUAAAAAGUAAUGUUUGAGACACUGAGAACUUCUUGCAAAGUUAGUAGAAAGUACGUACCAAAUAAUUGUUCGCCCCUCACAUUGUAUAGAGAGUUUCACAUAGGUUCUAUUAGUGGAUGCACUUGAUGCAAAGCUAUCGCUGCAAGUAUUUUAAGAUCCUUAAGGAUGUAUGUACGGUCAACUCAGUAUUUAAGUCUGACAAAGCAAAAAAAAUGGUUGGAUUCUUUCGAGAACGCACAAUUCGUUUAUAAAGAAUUCCUGCAAAUUGCUGGAUUUGGCUGCUGGAUGUAUAAUGGCCAUCGUAUUUUCCCUGCAAUAAUGUUAUUUCGUUGGUCCAGCAAUUCACCUGUCAAGGCGGAUUUUGUUCAUCUGGAAAGUGAUAGGCUACAGCAAGACUAUCAAUUUUGUCCAGAAGGCAUGAUCGACCACAGGUCACUAGAUUUCGUAGGUCAUGGGCCAUUUUUGAUAAUUUUACUCAGGUAUUGUUCAAUGACCGACGGUUAUUUACUUACUACUUAUAAACCGAGAGUGAGGUCGUUACAGCGAAGUCCCAGACCAAGGCCUUGAUUUAUUGACCGGGCGAUAGCACAACAGAACCAUUUUUAAAAUACUUUUUUAACUUUGAUAUAUGACCCUUCGAAUUGAACUCCAGAAAAAUUCACCAACAUUUGACAAAUUCAACGACAUGGAAUAACAGCGAGGAAUUUUGAAACAGCAUGAAUUCCCUUUUUAGGAGACGUUUUUGUUACUGUUGUUGUCGUCGUUGCUUAAACUCCCCAAUGAUCAUGAGAAAGUAGUUGCUUGAAUAGAGUUUGGCUUAAGUCAUUGUUUUAUUUGUCAGGCAAGUUUGGAAAGUGAAAUAUCACGUUGUGGUGGAGUACUGAAUGGCUUUGUCUCAAGUACAGAAGAAAUCAUUAGCAGGUUUAUCACGCAGUAUUUUCCAAGUUUCGACGGAAAGUUUUACAGCUGGGAAGUUCUUUAUGUUCAUUUUUCCUUCUAUUUCCUAUGUAAGUAGCCGGGGGCCCUACUCAAAGUUUCCAGGGGAAAUUCCCUGUCCCGGACCCCUUAAUUACAUCCCUGCUCUUUCCCCUUGCGACUUCGGCGCCGCUGAAAAGCACUCCUGCGCUCUCAUUCCACCAGCUUUGCUGGUCAAUCUCAAGGAUGGUACAUCACACAACGAAUGGAUAAUUUUGAAAAUCCACUCUAUACUCAACAUCACUUAAAUGUAGUACACUUUCUGUAACCUUCAAAGCAGGCGUAUUUUGCAGGGUGACUGUUCUCCCGCCAUCUGGGAUAUUGAAACUGACAGAGAGUUCAGUCACCUAUUCAGUUGGCGUCAGUGAAAAAAUGAUUCAAGAUGGCGGACGCGAUCAGUAUACAUUUGUACCUCAAGGCUUUAGUUAAAAAAUUGUUUGCUCUACAGGCCACACUUUCUGCCUUCCACAUUUCAAAGAUUUGAUGGUACUUCUCCUGUUAUGGUUCAUAAGCCACAGAAGUCCAGUCCAACAGUCUUGUUUACUCACUUUUUUAUUUUUGUUUCGGAUAAUGUGAAGUUAAGUAAAUUUUUUUAAAAAAAGAGAGAAAUCAAGGCUAUUAUGUUCUUUGUGUAGAAUGGCGAUGUUGUUGAAGAUCAGUGGAGUGUUCAGGCUAAAAAUCUUCUACAAGGUUUUGUCAAGAAAAUUAAUCUCCCAAUCAGGUUUGUAUCAAUGUUCUAUUCUUUAAAACCCUUUUAAAGAGCCUGUCUCACUAUGAUGAGCUAUUGCUGUUUUAGGUCAAUGCUGUGAAAAAGUCCCUACUUAGUACCUAAACCUAAAUACAAAAUGCUCCUGAGGAAUUAUACAGAAAAUAGCAAACAAAUUUUUAAUCAUGGAGCACUAACCACUAUUUUUUUUUGGUGAUUGUUACAGGCAUAGCAUUAAAACUUGAACAAUUUGGUAGAACGUUUUCAAGUUUAAAUCCAUGUCCAUUCUUGCCAUCCGUUGCAACAGACGACAGAAACCAGUUUCAGUACUUAAAAAUAUUCUUAAAUAACAAAUUUGCCGUAUUAUUUUUGGGAUUAAUCCUGGGUGGGGAUGGAAAGGAUCCUGUUAUUGACUACCAUACACUGUCUCACUCCACCCAGGUGUAUAAAUUUGGGUACCAAAAGAUUUAAUCCUGGGUGGAGGUGGGAGGGAUCCUGUUAUGGACUACAAUAUACUGUCUCACUCCACCCAGGUGUAUAAAUUUGGGUACCAAAAGAUUUAAUCCUGGGUGGAGGUGGGAGGGAUCCUGUUAUUGACUACUAUCCCGUCCAAGGAAGAGCAAAAAUAUUCCUAGUCGCUUCAUGCUAUGGAGAUCGGAAUGUGCUACGGCCAAAUGGGCUACCUGGCUCGAACGCAGACUUUACCUUCGUACCUUUUUGACUUAUUUUUGUCUCUAGUCCUCUUGAUGACCUUAUAAACCAGCUCGGAGGACCAGGAAAAGUAGCAGAAAUGACAGGCAGGCGUGGUCGCGUGGUAAAAACUGACAAGCAGCCUCAACCUCAUUACGAGGCUGGAGAAUCAGACAGCAGCAAUGUGGAUAGUUUGAAUAUUCAAGAGGUGAGCAAAGUAAUCAAAACUAAAUCUUGCGCCGUGUUCUGAAUAAAAUGGUAGAAAAUGCGAUUUACAGUCGGUAAUUACAGUCAUCAGCACAGACGUCAUCCUCGGCCAAGACCCUGGAGCAGGCAGCCAGGUCGAAAACUUUCGUCGCACGACUCGUCGCACCGUUUCUGCCGACCUGACUGACUGCCCCUGGGUCUCCGAGGAUGAACUCUGCCUUUGUCCCUUACAUUUAAAAACAGGACCGUCGUUUCAGCGCGAGAAAGACAGCCUAGUGCUUGUGUUUGUUAGUUGUUCCUGGGAUUACAAGUUUUCAAGUGUAGUCCAACCUUAAAGUCUUACUCUAAAUCUGAACUCUUAUGCCUUAAAUUCAGGUAGCAAUCCGGUUUCGGAUCUUCGUUUCAUUCCCCAGUAUUUUUCGCUUUCGCUAUGACAACUAAGUCGGCAUAAAGCAAUUGCUUGAAGCUCAAGAACUGCCUCUUUAAAUACCACGGUUUUUAGAGAGUUGUUUGAGUAUAUCUGAACAUUCAACGUUUUUUUUUCGAUUGCAUUGUAUCGCAGAGGAACAGUUUUAUGAAUGGAACAAAACUUGUUGCCAUCAUAUCUGAUGCCGCCAGCACUGGUAGGUUCCCUUUGCAUCUUGAUUCGUUUGAAGUUACCUGGAUUAAACCUUGCACUUUUUAAAUUCUUUUAAUACUUGAAAUUUGAGGGCAACCUUGAAGUUAUUUUCACACAAAGAAUCGCUGGCUCAGUGUCUGUUAGCGUUCAAUUGAGUUGCCAUUACUUGGAAUUUCGUGUAGAGACUCGAAAUUUAGAGUGAUGUUUCUUGACUUAAAGUUCUACUCAAGCAGGAAUAAAAGGUUUUUCUCGGGUAAAAGGAACCGCAAUAAAUAACGUGUAUAAGUGACAAGACAAGACGAUAAUUUACUUGAGGUCGUAUACCACCUGGUACAUCGACUGUUUUCCAAAUGAUUUAAUAUUACAAUAUUCUGUGUGAUAUCAUUUGUAAGACUCAUUGAAUUACACAGGUAUCUCGUUACACGCGGAUCUCCGAGCAGCCAAUCAGUGCCGCCGUGUUCAUGUGACCAUUGAGCUGCCUUGGAGUGCUGACAAAGCUGUUCAACAACUGGGAAGAUCACACCGGUCAAACCAGACAAGGUACAUGCACUGCCCAAACACAAACGUUCCUAUCCCUUGAUAUAAGCUAUUUCCUAAAGAAGAAGGAAAUGGUUGCGCGCUGCACGUUUACCAUUUUUUAAUUGUACUUCCGCUUGAUUAGCCUUGUUGGAAGGGUAGCGUUCUGCCAAGCAGGUUUAAACCCGCCGUUUAAACCCAACACCAACCAGGGUCUUCAAAAAACUGAUCAUAUCAUGCUGCCUGUUAUCUAAGAUCUUGUCUCAGUCCAGAUGAUCUGAUAGUCACGUCAGUGGGCGGUGAUGUUAAUCCAUUGGCCUUGUCUUAUUCAUCCUUUCUUAACAAUUCGAAGGGGACGUAAAAAGAACCCACACUGCUGUUGGAGAAGAGAGUGAGAGGUAGACCUCUGUGGUGUGGUUUAUCUCUCACGUGGAAGGGAACUGUCACGGGGCACAAUACUUGGCUUCAAGCUUUUGCGGUUACCCUGCCAAGAAUUGGACAGUCUAGUAAAACAAAAAAUCAAAUUCCUUGUGAUUAAAAAUCUGAAGGCUUUCCUGGAAUAUCACUACUUCCAUAAUAUCCUGUGUACGGCCGCCUUCUCCCCUUGGGAAAAAUCGGGAAAAGGGAGGGGGCGGCUUUACACAGGCUACUCCCAUGAUCACUUUUCUUUCGCCAAAAUCCCCUUUGUACCAUGGGAGUCAGAGGAGGGAGAUAUCACGUGAUAAUGUUCACCGUCUAAUUGGCGCGCUCGGGGGCUCCGCUUUUCUCCAGAGCUUUACUGGCUCUGAUGUUUUCUUUGUUUCGUUUUGUUUUUUUUAGCGGACCUAUCUAUAAACUUGUAACAACAAACUUGGGCGGUGAAAGAAGAUUUGCUGCGGCUGUGGCUCGACGGCUUCAGUCGUUAGGUAAUGUUUAAAUGUUUGUCAAACUCGGAAAAUCGUGAACAUCUGACGUAUUUGUGAAUUAUUCUCACUCAGUUGCAAGGAAAAAGCUAAUCAGACAUAAAAACAAAGAAGCUGCAAGUAUCAGCGGUAAUUAGUUUGAGAAAGAUGAUUUUUAAGUCAGACACAGGCGGCUCGAAAUGAAAAAAUCCGUGUACACCCAUCCAACAGGAGUUAAAACUUUGAUCAUCGGUUUACUAGCCCGGCCAGAUGCUCUACCACUAAGCUACAGGGGUCACGUGGGAGCUAAGGUCACUAAACUAGGUCCAUGUGGCAAACAUCCUGCAUACUUCUAGGACUAAAAUGUCGAUAUGUACUGAUGCAAUAUGAUAAGAGAUGUGAUGGCAGGGUGCAAAGAAAAUCAUUUUUAUAGUUUGCCAUUCGGGCAAGCUGAAGCUAGCAUUUACUAGCCCAGACAUCAUUUUAACUAGCCCUAAAAGCUUUUUGACGAGCAGAAUUGAUUUCACAGUUCUUCCUUUAUCCGAAUUGCUCAAAAAACAUCACUUGCUUAUCGGGCAAGUUAAAAAGAGAAUUCACCAGCCUGAUAACAAAAUCCACUUGCCCCGAGCUAUCGGACACUACUUUCUUUGCACUCUGGAUGGUGAAUUUUGAGCCUGGUGAAUACAUGAGAAAUAUGAUUUUUCAGUCAGUGACACAGGCGGCUUGGAAGAAAAACAUCCGAUUACUCCCAGUAGGCGGUCAAACUUAUAACAUUCUGGUUACUAGUCCAGAUGCUCUACCACUGAGCCACAGGAGAAGUUUUGGAGCUAAGUUCAUGUGCAAAAAUCCUGCAUGUAAUACUGUUAGAUUGUCUAGAACUAUUCCUAGCAGAAUACAGUCGAAGCUCUCCAUGCGACCACUCUCGUGGUCUAGUUACGACCACCUUUGUGAAACCCCGUUUGGACAGUGACUUAAACAAUUUAGUGAAAAAGCUCUUGUAAGCGACCACUCCAGUAAGCGGCCGUGAACGCUUUUGGGAUUACCCAAAUAAACGGGGUGGUCGCUUACGAGAGCUUCGACUGUAUCUAGAACGUUCUUAUCCUAGCAGUAUGCUGGAUGUUUGUCACGUGAACCUAGUUUAGUGGCCUUAAUCAUUUGUAGCUCAGUGGUAGAGCAUCUGGACUGGUAGCCAGAAAGUCAUAGGUUUUCUUUUGUUUUCCCAGCCAAAAGCAUCAAUCCAUUCAACUAAACAGCCAUGACCGAGCCCCUUUAAGUUUUUGUUUUGUUUGCCUGCAGGUGCACUUACCAAAGGUGACAGACGAGCAGCGACUGGGGCCGACUUAACACAGUUUAAUUUUGACACGCCUUACGGCCGAUCUGCGCUCAGGAACAUGUACCAAGCCAUUACUUUG